AUGACAACAAUUAUUGUAAAUUCUCAACGCAAAGCUCCCAAACUACACCAUGAGGGGUUCAUUUAUAAUAGGUGUAGAGCUGACGGCUUUAAGACCACCUGGCGGUGCGAAAAGUACAAUUUCGAAAAGUGUCGGGGAAGGGCCAUUUCUUCGGGAGAGGUUGUGAUUAUGGCGGCUAAUCACAACCAUGGUCCUUCCCCGAUACUUUCCGAAGUUGCUCGAGUAUCGCAGGCUCUUAAGGCGUCAGCCUCUACUUCAACCGAAACAGCAAGGACCCUAGCGCUAAGAUCGAUGGAAGGUGUGUCCGAACCUGCUUUAGUUUUAAUGCCAAAGAUGGAAAGCUUACAAAAGGCUGUGGCUGCAAGCGUCGUCAUCAGAAGUUGGCGGUCCUUAAAAGUAGAGCAGACAUUGACAUACCAGAAGCCCUUCUAA